AUGGGUCGUACUAAUUAUUACCGUGAAUGCUCGCUGGUUGGCGAAGGGGUAAUUCCUCCUGAAGCAUCGAUAAUUGUGUCGCCUGCACCCAAUGGGGAGGUCGCAAAAGGGAUUACCGGUGUAUUGGGUGAAAACACGUUCGUUGAUGGAAUAUCUGUGAGGUCGCCAACUUGGCUGUUGGAAUCCGUUAGUAUGAUGCGCAGUAGAGUUCUUUCUACCGUUGAUUCUAUUACGGGUAAACUAGACGAUAUUUCUUCUAAAUAUUACAAGAAGGAAAGAAAAAUCACCACGGCUAUUGCCAAUCUUCAUUCUGACCCUAGAGAGGAACUUGUUCCCGGAUUCUGGGCUGUUCUGGUAUCCGGUUUUGCUGGUAAAGUUUUAACUAGGAAUAGGGGUUUGUUUAUGAGGGCUACUGCUCCAAUGAUCUUAGGUAUUGGAGCCUUCUCAUAUUUCUUACCAUCAACAUUUAAGAACACAAAGGAACUGUGCUAUGCGCUUGAGAAAGGCGCAUUUCCUAGGUUUGUUGAAUCCCAGGAUAAGGCUGUUGUAGGAAUGAAGAAGACUGUUGGAGUAAUAGUGAACACAUCCGCAAGCAUAUACAGAACGACAACGAAUGCAUACUGUAAGUCCGUAAAGGUCUUCCGAGACUGGACAGGUUUAAAUGUGUGA